GCUGGCUGGUAAGCUUUGCCAUCGGGAUGUGAAGCAAUCAAGGGAUCUGUGAUACAUCUUAGACCAACUGUGAAUAAACCAGACUACCUUGAGAGAUGUAAAAAAAAACUGUUUUUUGACGCUAGAGCGGAGUGACUUGGCAAAUCGUGAUUAAAUGGGGACUUGUGCCGGGUGAGUGGCACCACCUUGGCAUGGCAGUAUAGUGACAACAAGAACGGAUAGUUCCCUACGUGUCUGUGCCAAAUCAGUACUGACGGCUAAGCUAGACUCCUUACAGCCAACGUCUGGCUCAAGGUAGCUGCAGUGUCCACGCAGUUGUGUUAAAUCCAAGCUUACCCCGAAUCUCCGUUCCCUCACCAGCUAUACCACCACUGCAGUGGACUUUUGCUCGCCCUUAUUCCAUGCUAAGAGGCACACGCAGCAUCACACUUGAGGGGCGGGGCGCCUCUCGUCCAGACGGCAUUAUAUGAUCAUUGCAAGUCUGUGCUACCAAGGCGAGCCAGUGCAACUCAGGGCAGUGGGGGACGGUGUGCACCGUGUACCAUAGGAACCGGGGGAUCCAUCGAUGCUGAUGUACCCAAACUGAUUCCCACUGAAACUGCUGCUGUCAUCCAGUUAUUGUGUAUGCUGCUCCAGGAAUACGGUGUUUCUUGUUCCGUAUGAAUACUCCGGUCAUUAAGUUCUGGCUGCCUUGUGCUCACUUGUUGCAGGAAAACAAAUGGAAGUAUUGUGGCAUUUGACAUGCCUUGCAUAUUACCCUGGGGGCAUUAACGUUUGCUGAUCGGGGGACGACAAGGGCACAAACAAUUCCACUGUUUUGCUGCAUCUGAUUAGCUUCGGGUAUGAGUCUGAAAUUCCUUCGUAAAGAUCAGAUGAAGAGAAGGCUACAGAAUUGGAAGUUGCUAUUAGCUGCUACAGAGAUGUUGCCUAUAAUGAGAAGACUCUAAGCUCAUAAAUGCAUUCCAGGCAUAGACUGUCACGCAAGACUGGAUCAGACAGGCACAGGUCACGUUCAAGUAAGAUUAUGUGAAAUGGAACAGAAUGACGAUUCCUGAUGCUUUUCUCAUUCAAUCAAGUUUUCCAGCCUUAUGCAUUUUUAUCUGCUGCAGUGGAGAGGCCUGGCAGUGCUGAGGUCCAGGCAGACAGACUGAUAAGGCUGCACCGACAGGCUGGUGAUGAAGACCGUGCCUGAAAUUGUUUGUUGUGCAUAGAGUAUAUGCAGAGACUUGAGGAGCAGCAGAAGGAAAGAGAGAGACUAGAUCUUACCUUGGAUUAUAUAUGAGGGCACUUCCAAAGCUGACUUUCAAAGGUGUGACAGGGUUCCAGGGAUGAUCAGCAGUAAUUGUGUCUUCACAGCCCGAUAAUCCAUGUGUUCUUCCUUAUCUGUUCUUCCUGAGAUGGCAUCCCCAACUCCAGCAAAGCAUUUUUCUCACAUUCAGGUGGAGCAUUCUGAAGAAGUCUGGCUAUGCAAGAACAUACAGAAUUGUACCUGCAGUCUAUUAAAAGACAUGAAAUAAUGUUCUGACCUCUAGACACUUAUCAACUUUUGGGAUGUAUGCAGAAUAGUCAUGUGAUUAUGCAGACAUCCCAGUAUGCAUUUGGUGGACCUCUGGUUAACUCGGUCCCUCUCCAUGUGUCUACUCUUGCAAAGUUUUGUACUAAUGAUUCUCUGCUUUCAUUCAGCAAGUAUGUGUCCAAAGGGCUGCUUGUGCUCCCAUUCUGGUGGCUUAAAUGUCAGCUGUAGCAAUGCAAACCUCAAAGAGAUCCCAAGAGACCUCCCUCCUGACACUACUGUACUUUAUCUGGAUUCCAAUCAGAUAACAUCUAUUCCAAAUGAUAUAUUUAAGGACCUGCAUCAGCUGAGAGUCCUUAAUUUAUCCAGAAAUAUCAUUGAGUUUAUAGAUGAGCAUUCAUUCAAGGGUGUUGAAGAAACAUUACAGAUGCUUGAUUUAUCAGACAACAGGAUUAAAUCUGUGCAUAAGAAUGCUUUCAACAACUUAAAGAGAGCCAGAGCUCGAAUUGCUAACAACCCAUGGCACUGUGACUGCACCCUGCAACAGGUACUAAGAAAUAUGGCAUCUAAUCACGAAGUAGCUAAUAGUGUCAUUUGUAAGACUUCCAUUUUAGAUGAGCACACAGGGAGGCCAUUUUACAUGGCUUCCAGUGAUGCAGACCUCUGCAAUCUACACAAAAAGACAACUGACUAUGCUAUGCUAGUCACCAUGUUUGGCUGGUUCACCAUGGUGAUAUCAUAUGUUGUAUACUAUGUGAGACAAAACCAGGAGGAUGCAAGGAGACAUCUUGAAUAUCUGAAAUCACUUCCAAGUCGGCAGAAGAAACCAGAUGAAGAAGAUGACAUUAGCACUGUGGUAUAAUAUCCUGUAGUUACUUUUUAUAAUUUUAAGCUAGAAGCACUUUUAUUUGAAAAACUUGAAGAUGUUUUUAACAUUGUGCAAAAGACUCCAUAUAAGACUUUAAAUAUUAAACUCCCAUUUUGUGAAAGUUGCAGUUCAGACAAAUUAUUACUUGUGUGUAUGUCUUACCAACUAAAUUAUGUACAUGUUUGUAAGUCUUACGAAGUAUGCUCACAUAAGAAGCUAAACUUUUUGAAAUAAAAUCAUUUCACUCAUUUAACACUAUCCAAAAAUUGUAGUAAUAUAUGGAUCAAUAAAUAUUAAAGUUUAAA